CAUGGCAAAAAGUGAAAGAAGACUGUGUCACUGGAGGUCAUGCACUUUAUUUUUAAUUUAUAUUAUUUACGGUUUUCUUAUUAAUUCCACUAAAUCUUUAAUUAGACGUGUUUCAAUAAAUUAAAACGUCUUAAUGACUGUAUUAGUAUCUAACUACAUGACUCAAGAGCUUUUUGCAAACACAACAUAGCAAUGGCAGAUCAGUUUUGUUUACGUUGGAAUAAUUUUCAAACAAACAUCGUAAGUGCUCUGGAUUCCCUGAAAUGCUCUGAGGAUCUUGUUGAUGUGACACUUACUUGUGAAGGCAGAAAUAUCAAGGCCCAUAAAGUAAUACUGUCAGCGUGUAGCCCGUACUUUAGGAAUGUGUUCAAGGAGAACCCAUGUCAACAUCCUGUUAUUAUUUUGAAAGAUGUCUCUGCUGAUGACAUCCUGAGCUUGUUGUCUUACAUGUACCAAGGAGAAGUAUUUAUUGAAGAAAGCAAAUUGUCUUCAUUUUUGCAUACAGCAGCAUUAUUACAAAUAAAAGGUUUAACUGGUGUAACCCAUCAGAAUGAAGAAUUCUCACCCUCAAAUGCAACAAAUAAACUUUACACUCAACUGACUAUAUAUGCCAAGUCUCAUGGAAAUGUAACUCACAAGGAAACAAAAAUACCAGCCCUGAAGAAACGAAGAAGUAGCACCUCCGACAAACCAAAUGACUUGAAUAAUCUUGAUUACAAGAAAAGCAAGAUACUUGAAUCAUGUGAUAUUUAUAACAAAAAUAAUGGUUCCCAAUUGAAGGUAGACAACCCAAUGUUUGGAGCCGAAGUUGUUGAACGCAAAGCAGAUAAAGAAUUUUCAGUUGUAAGCAAUGGAAAGAAUCAACAGCCAGAAGAAGGCCCUAUAAUUGUGAAAACGGAAUGGAAUGAAGAAAAUAGCUCACCAAAUCCUGCUACAUUCAGUUCUGAUAAUGAUGAAAGCCUUCCUGCUUAUGAAAACAGCAUGCUAGCUAGAUCUCUACUCUCAGGAAUCAAUCCAUCCAAAAGUGAUCCAUGCACGAAAAAACUGCCCGUAGAAGUACAAAAUGCCAACAGAAAGGAAUCAAACUCGGAAACUACAUUUACACAAAAAAGUCCAUUAAAAAUAGAUGAUGCUGUUGUUAAAAUUGAAAAACCAUCUCCAAAGCCUGAUAUUGAUUAUGAGCCAGAAAUAUUAUUGUCGGAGCAAGAUUCUAAAGAAAACACAUAUUCCGAACAGUCCCAGGCCUUAAUGAUACUCGCAGGUAUGUCAGGACCAUUAAAUUCUGGUGCUUCUACCUCUCAAAGCGGACACCAAUCGAAUCAUGCAGCUAUUUGUGGGGACUGCCCACACUGUGGUAUGAAAUAUUCAAAUCAAUCGGCCUUGAAAUAUCAUGUGAGAUUAAUGCAUUCAGAUCUUACUAAUAGGCUGUGUUGCUAUUUGUGCCCAAGGUCGUUUACUAUGCGUGAAACAUUCAAAGAACACAUGUGGACAAGUCAUGGCCAGCGGAACUAAAUGGUUCUAACCCAUUUUAUGAUACUGUCAAUUUGAUGGUAAAAAUAUGUCUGAUAAAAGUAUAUUUAAAUUAAUUCAAACAAAAUUAGUACAAAUUUAAUGACAUAGUUUAUUAAUAAUUUGUCCAGAAAAGGAAUAAAAAUGCUUAAUAUCUUGCUGUAACUAAGCACAUUUUAAUCACAAAAAAUACUGGGCAAAAAAAAGGUUUAUAUUUGACCAACUUCAAAAAAACUGAAGAAGGAGGUUAAUAUUUUGACAUGUAAUAUUUUAUAAUUCUAUUCAUUCUAGCAAAUGUAAUGAUAUAUUAAAUUAAUCCAAGUGCCUUCUAAAUUAAAUAUUUAUUACAAAUUAGGUAAUUUAAAAGUAAACUCGAAUGGCUUCCAAAACUUAGAUCUACUAAAUGUUGUCCUAAAUGAUCUCCGGAAUGUAAUUUGGAUGAAGCUCCUCAAAUAGACUAUAGUGAAGUGAUAUUAAAUUCCUAUACAUAUUAGACAAAAAUAUAUUAAUUGGUGCAUAAAGGUUUGAACUUUAAUAGAAUGUUCAAUUAUACUUAGAUUAGAAAUACUGUUGUGCCUUAUAAACAAAUGGUAAAUAAAUAAAUGGUGCCAAUUUGUACUCUAUACAUUAUCAGUUAAAAAAGUAGUUGAAAGAAUCAAUCUCUUUUGGUUUAAUUUUAUUGAGAAUUGAAUUUAUUCUUUAAUAAUUAAUAUAGCUCGUGAAACAGAAUGCUGUUCUGUAAAAGGAACAAACUUUUUUCCAAAAGUCACCUUACUAUUUCCAACAUUGUAUGGCGCUAUAAAAUAUCUUUUAUUUGUAAUUUAAAGUAUAAACAUUAUGGUGGUGCUGUAAAGUUAUGUGGUUAAACGUUAUUGUUCAAAACUAUUUUAACAAAUGUUUCAAGGUAUUAGCGAAGCGUCCACAAUAUGUCCGUCAUAUUAAAAGAUGCUGAAAAAACAUAUCAUUGAUCAACAUUACUGCUGAGUUUUUUUUUCGUGUGGCAAACUUUUGGCGAAUAUCAAGUAAUAAAUAAAUAUAUUUUAGUGUUGCCAUGUUUUUAUAUAUAGGUACCAAG